UGUCGGUGCGAUGCGGAGGCAUUUGGAGAGGUUGCGCUGCUGCCUGCCUCAGGGGAGAUGGGGGACUUGCGUGUGUGUAGCAGACAGCCAAGCUCAGAGAGGAUUCCCCCAGCCCACCAGUAGCCGGAUACCUGCCCGCAGCUGCUGAUGUAAGUCGCACAUCUCACAUUUGGGCGACAAGAGUUGGAUGAAGAGGAAUAAAAGAAUGGACGGCAACAUGCAGGAGUUACUGCUCUGCCUCCCCCUGGAACCCACAACGUGUCUGAUCCCCCGGGAAUAAAGUGCUGCCCUGGCUGCCAUCGCCCUCCCCUCCCCUGAGAUGCCGGGGUCCCUUCCUUACACUACAGGCGUUUGCGUUACUGGGGAUGCUGACAGCUCUGCGCACUAUUAUGGGCGCUAACCAUUCGCACAAGGCUCCGGUGUUUGACGAGAAUGAAGAAGUUAACUUUGAUCAUUUCCAAAUACUGCGAGCGAUUGGAAAGGGGAGUUUUGGAAAGGUGUGCAUUGUGCAAAAGAAGGAUUCGAAGAUAAUGUACGCUAUGAAGUACAUGAAUAAACAGAAGUGCAUUGAAAGGGACGAAGUCCGAAAUGUCUUUAGGGAAUUACAGAUCAUGCAGUGCCUUGAACACCCAUUUCUGGUAAAUCUGUGGUAUUCAUUCCAAGAUGAAGAAGACAUGUUUAUGGUGGUAGACUUGUUGCUCGGAGGAGAUUUGCGUUACCAUUUGCAGCAGAAUGUGCAUUUUAAUGAAGAGACUGUAAAAAUCUACAUCUGUGAACUUUCCCUUGCACUGGACUAUCUACAGCAACAUCACAUCAUUCACAGGGAUAUUAAACCGGAUAAUAUCUUACUGGAUGAACACGGACAUGUUCACAUAACUGACUUUAACAUAGCCACAAUUGUAAAAGGAUCGGAAAAAGCUUCAUCAAUGGCUGGAACAAAGCCGUACAUGGCUCCAGAGGUGUUUCAGUCUUUCCUGGAGGCUGGGCCUGGAUACUCGUACCCUGUAGACUGGUGGUCAUUGGGAAUCACAGCAUAUGAACUCCUGAGAGGUUGGAGGCCUUAUGAAAUCCACUCAACGACGCCAAUCGAUGAUAUCCUAAAUAUGUUUAAAAUAGAAAGAGUCCAUUAUUCGUCCACUUGGGGCAAAGACAUGGUGGCAUUGCUGAAAAAGCUCCUUACUAAGGACCCAGAUUGCCGGUAUUCAAGUCUGUCGGACAUGCAGAGCUCGCCACACCUCUCGGACAUUAACUGGGAUGCCGUUUUGGACAAAUCGCUCACUGCCAGCUUUGUUCCGAAUAAAGGAAGACUGAACUGCGAUCCAACAUUUGAGUUGGAAGAAAUGAUUUUAGAGUCCAAACCGCUCCACAAAAAGAAAAAGCGGCUUGCCAAAUAUAAAUCAAAGGAGGCAGCGAAAGACAGUUGCCCUUUGAACGGCCACCUGCAGCAGUGCUUGGAGUCAGUGAGGAAAGAAUUCAUCAUUUUCAACAGAGAGAAACAAAGUGGCCAUGGACCAAAUGCAGAGAACAAAGCUCCCAACCAGCCGCAGAUAAAGCUCCAUGAUGGUCACACCACAAAUAACAACAUCCUGGUUCACGGCUGCACAAAAGGUUGCAGUAGCUAGUGGAAUAUGAAGUGGAAGCUGAACUGUUCCAUUGCUUCUCGAAGGGAGAGAUGCAUGCCUUUACUCAACACCAUGACUUGAAAUGAAAAUGUUUAAGCACAGCUCAUUGGUGGGACUUUAUACCCAUUGCAAGGACAUUUCUUUUGUAAAACUGCUACCAUGAUUUGGCUCAUAAAUAAUAUCGGGUCCAGACCAAACCUUCAACUGACCUGGAAAUAGACUUGGACAUCAAAAUGUUAAUUUUUUCAAUCCGCAGGCUGUUUUGGGCAAGUUCAGUUUCAAUGCAGGUUGUGUCGAUCCAAUGUCCCAUUCUACUGGCAUUUGUGAAACACAGAAGUGACGUUAUUUAAUAAAAAAGAAACAUUUCCAAUAUAGGGUGGCAGGGGGCAAUUUUAAUAGCAACAAAUCAGAAGACAGCAUUUACUAGUGUAGUCUGAAAACAAGCAUUUGAUUGGUUGGUAUGGAUUGCUAGGAAAUGGAGCAAACUUUGGUGCUGUUUUCACUUUACACCAUGUAGAAACUUAUUUGAGGUGAAACCAUUUAGAAUUAUGAAAGACAAGUAGGGUAGAAUAUUUUUAAUUGCUAGCAAUGCUGCUACAGUAUGUUUGAUGUCUAUAGAAAAUGCUUCGGUCAAAAAAAAAAAAUAAUGGUAGCUCCCAUUCAUAUGAUCUAUAAUGAAGAAAGGACACAAAAUGCUCCAUAUGGUCUUUGUGAUGGUCUUCAGAUCAAGGUUGAGUUAGAUAUUGAUUGAGAGGCUGGAACCUUGUUACGUUGCGACUGUAUUAGGGUGGUGGGGACCUCUCAUAACAGCUCUACUUGUGCCCCUAUAGGAUCCAUUUGGGAUCACCUCUAUUUGCUCCAUUGCUAGGCAACAUCCACAGAUCUACCUAUGUACAACUAGAUUCAAUUGCUGAAACAACAGAGAAGUUAAUUAGGUGUAAUUUUUCCAUAGCAUGCUAUUUAUUUAUUUCUCUUGUAAUAAGCCCAUUGACUACAUAAAUACCCAUAAGGUGCCCCUGGGGCAAUUCCGAAUGCAGCAUCAUAAUAAAAGUCAAACAUUAUAUAGUGAAUUGCACCUAUUUUUAACCUUAUAAUUAUCUAUAUUCACUGCUCUGUGCUGGGAAUACAAUAUCCAAUCAAAAACAAUUGCUCAUAGGCAGAAAGGAUGGGGUACUUUAUACUACAGUAAAAUUUAGCACCAGAUAAAAAAUAUAAGACAUUACUGAUUUUUCUGGUCUCACUAAUCCUUUGAAUCUGUUUAAUAAGAGAAAGUUGCCUUGAAACUGUUCCUUCAAACCAGUCGCUGGCCUGAGUACCUAAGUACCUGCAAAUGUGCUACAGAGCUGUGGGUUUACUCUUCACAUCUCAUGGUUGUGCCAUAUAUGUUGUUGAUAUGUGUAAAAGCCACACGCCUGAUUUCUAGUUCUGUACAAUGAGGUGUUUAGUCCGCGUAGAGCCGUAGCAUUUAGAAGAUGGCUCAUUUCGUGUUAUCUAAGUGUCUGUGUUUGAUGUUUGUGUCUGAUUACUGCAGCUUCACUUUCCUCUCACUACAGCUCUACAAUACCAGACUAAGAACUAAGAACUGUGAAUCCCUCCCCGCAGUGUCCCCGUUAUGGUGCGUAGACACGGGUGUUGCCUGUUCCACAAAUAUCCUUGUUUGAACAUAACUAAAUGUACACAUAAGAAAGAUCUGGUACAUUAUAUAAUCCAUAGUGCAGUAUGCUACAUUUCACUCACUGCUGCCCCUCGUUGGCCACUGGAGGAAGUGGCCCUCAUACUGCAAUUGUGCUGAGGCAUGAGUAGACUGCAUCCACCAUACAUACAAGUACAUGCUGCUGCUUCAAGCAUUUACAGUGCUUAUUUUUCUAUAUUGACUUUAAUAUUCUAGACUUUGGAUUCUCUAGUAUAAUGGUGAGUCCAAUAGACAUGCAAUGAGUUAUGAUGGAAAUAGAAAUGCCAUUCAGUUGCUUUGCAUAAGACAAUGAAACAUUUAUAUGAUAAUAGGGUUGCAGACAACCAUAACCCUUAUGGAGAUUUCAGUUGGGAUAUUUCAGUUGGGUGAGCCUUGGGUGUUGGCUUUGGUAGGCAUGUGAAAAAGCUCUUUCAUUGGCAUUUAUUUCUGCUCUGGCAUUUACUUCUGAUCUGGCAGUUACUUCUGCUCUGGCAUUUCGUUCUGAUCUGGCAUUUACUUCUGAUCUGGCAUUUACUUUUGAUUUGGCAUUUACUUCUGCUCUGGCAUUUAGUUCUGAUCUGGUAUUUACUUCUGAUCUGGCAUUUAGUUCUGAUCUGGCAUUUAAAUGAGUAAUUCUUGCAGAAGGUUCAUUUUAAAGAGAUACUAUCAAUUUUUAUGGUGUACUUUUUAUUUCUAAAUUACACUGUUUACAUAGUAAAUAAUUCA